CCUUACCUGCAGCCAUCCAGACAAUGGCACCUGAGGGACAUCUUUCGGGGCAGUCGCACCCUCAAGCUCCAUCGUGGUCGGAAGUACGACUACAGCACCGAAGUGCGCAUGUCGUUGGAUCUCUCGGCAAACCCGUGCAACGACUUCUACAGUUUCGUGUGCGGGCGCUGGCCGCAGAGUCAUCCUGAACAGUCGAAUGAGUUCUCUCGGCUGCAAUCGGACAUCCUUAUUGCUGCUUUUAAGAAGCUCGAGCAAGCACGAUACGUUGACCCCCAACAGUACUCCGUGUCCGACCACGCUGGGGAGGCGUUUCGCUACUGUCUGCUGACGCACAUGAGGAAGUCUGAAGAUUUCUCGCCCUUCUACGAGAUUCUGCGAACUUUCGGAUUCAGCUGGCCACAGGUGAAGGACGGCGAGAUCUUCGACAUCCUCGAGUUGGCCAUGGGCUCGGCCUUGAAAUGGGGCAUUCCUCUACUUUUCGAUGUCGAGGUAACAACCGAUCUGCGCACCGACAACGGGACCAUUCUGCGCAUCAGCAGGAGUGAGCCGUUGACCACCUGGAUCGCACAGUGGUUCAAGACCAUCGACAAAGACAUUUGGUUCGCCCAAGUUCCCAGGAUCCUCGAGCCGGGGCUAGACUACGGUCGCUUUUCAUUAAAGGUAAUCGAAGCUGCUGUCAGUGCCUUCUCGUUGCUGUUAUCCAAAGACUCGGUCGGAGACGCGGGAAAGCCCGCCUAUAUCAAAAUGAAAGACGUGAGCCUGUUGUCUCGGGGCCUACUCACGACUGAGCGCUGGCUGGCAGCGAUCAACCGUUACCUUCCCGAGGGCGUCAGCCUCGGCCUCGACGACGAGAUGCAUUUCUUGGACGAAGGCUUCCUGAGGAACAUUGGAGACUUCGUGAGGAGUUUCGAGUCCCUGAGGAGGCAGCAUUCCGUGGCCUCCAUGGCUGGCUGGGUGCUGGCGUACCACAUGGGAGCCGCGCUUACACACCGGGUCUUCGCCAACGCCCAGGACCCACUUUCGCGGGCCGUGUACCAGUGCCUGGACCUCGUCUCGGAAAUGGCGGACUACCCGCUAAGUUGGUUCUUGACCGAACAGCACGUGACUCCAGACGACUGGAAAGCCACCAGCAGCCUCCUGGACGACGUUCGGGAGUCCAUGUCCCAUUUUUUCGACUGGAUGGACGAGUCUACCAAGAGCAUAGCCCUGGACCGCCUGCGAGCACUCAGGAACAUCGUCGCUUAUCCGAGCAUCGCCGCCACCAAGCACAGUCUGGAGACUCGCUAUUCCUUUCUGCGCGAAACCGUAAAGCCUCCUUUCGGCCGUGCCUACAUGGAGACGAAGCGAAUGGUCCGCGUUCAGAGGAAUCGGUUCCUCAAGAAAGCCAUGGCUCGACAAGACAACGAUUGGUUCUCGGUGCCGCUGGUCAAUGCCAUCUUUCUUCCCUACUACCAUAUCAUCGUGAUACCAACCUCGAUAAUGCUGCCACCUCUCCUCGUGCCCCAGCUCCCGGCGGCCACGUACGGCGGCAUGGCGCACGUGCUCGCGCACGAGGUAAGCCACGCCUUCGACGUGGACGCUGCUCCGGCCAACGCUGACGGCCUGUACCGCGAGUGGUACUCGCCGAUCACGCGGAGCCGCAUCCAAGACCGCAAGCUCUGCCUGCGUGACAUGUACCUGGUGCCCGUCAACCUGCCCUGGGUCACCGAGGGCGAAGACUACGCGGACGCUUUGGGCCUGACGGUGGCAGCCAAGGCGUUCCGACGAAGGAUGCUGCCCGAAGCGCCAUCCGGCGUGGCACAGUUCAGCAACGAGCAGCUCUUCUACGUGAGCUCGUGCUUCAAGUGGUGCAACAGCAAGGGCCGCCCCCAGAGCAGCAGCGGGGCCAAUCAGGCACAGGACGACGUUCAUUCGUCGAUGUACAGGCGCUGCAACGCUCCGCUGUUGGCGCAUGAACGGUUCUUCAAAGCCUUCAACUGCACGCCUGGAGCAAGCAUGAGACCUCGGAGGCAGUGUCCUUUUCCCUAAAGGCCGGUUCACGCACUUGCGA